AUGGCUACUCCCAUAAUUAAUUUGAACGAUUUAAAUAAUAUAUGCCGAAUAUGUUUGAAAAAGAAACCUAAUAUGAUUUCAAUUUUUAAAAAAGUAUUAUCUCCACGUUUAAUAGAAGAAUUAAGUAUUGUAUAUGAUUUACAACCUUAUUCGGAGUUGGUAGAGGAAUGCACUUCCAUUAAAAUUUCAGAGAAUGAUAUGUUUCCGAAAAACCUUUGUGUGUUUUGUUCAAAACAGUUAGUACAAAGUCGUAAAUUGAAAAUACAAUGUUUGUCAUCGGCAAAAACGCUACAAAAUUUUAUAAUAGGCUUGGAUAAAUCUGCAGAAGCUAAAAAUCCUAUUGAGGCUAUUGAAGUAGUUGUGAAACAAGAAAUUAUUGACGAUUUUGACGUGAGUGAAAGUAAAAUAAAUACCAGUUACAUAGAACAAGUAGAAAAUUCACAUAAUAAAAGAGACGAUGAUGAUAAGGAUAUGUUAGAUAAUUCGUUUAAUUAUGGAGUAAUUACGAAAGAAGAACCUGAAGAAGAUUCAAAGGAGAUAUGCAAUAAUGAAUUAAAUGAAGACGAUCACGGUGAUAAAAAAUAUAACUGUCAAGAUUGUACGGAUAAAUUCGUUUCAAAAGUCGAAUUAACAAGUCAUUAUAAAAAGUUACAUUUAAAACCAAGAAUCAAAUGUGAAUUUUGUAGCAAAGUAUAUUUAAGCCUUAGUGCUUUUCGAAAUCAUCUUUAUCAUCCGAAAAAUCGAUGUAAAAUAUGUUUGAAAGAAUUUGAAUGUAAUAAUGAAUUUGUAAGUCAUAUGAAAGAUUGUAUUACUUGUAAAAAAUGUGGCGAAAGAUAUUGCCAUAGCGUGCAUGACAGCCACACGUGUUUAAAGUUACAAGAAAAACCCUGUAUGUUGUGCCCUUGUUGUGGGAAAACAUUCGCAGAAAAAUGGAAUUUCGAACAACAUAUGAUUCGACACAAAAAUGAGAGAUCUCAUCAGUGUAAAAUAUGUGAUUCUAAGUUUAACACAAGUAAUUUAUUAAAAGUUCAUUUGAUUGCACACACAAACGAAAAACCACACGAAUGCGAAGUAUGUAAAAAAUCUUAUAAAUAUGCCUCUUCACUUAGACGGCAUAAAGUUUCGCAUACAAAUUACAGAAUACCUUGCAACUUUUGUGAUAAAUUAUGGAAAUCCAAAGAUACUCUACGAAAACAUCAGCUUGUUCACACAGGUGAACGAAAAUUUGUAUGUACAUACUGUAGUAAACCAUUUGGUAGAUAUGAUAAUCUCCAGAUGCAUUUAAGAAUACAUACAGGGGAAAAACCGUUCGUUUGUGAUAAAUGUGGAACUGGAUUUUCGGCAAAACAUGUAUUACGAGGUCAUAUGAAAACUCAUGAAAGAUAGCAAAUUAAAAAAAAAUAUUGAAAAGAAUAAAAUUGAUUUACUGAAAGAAUUAUACUGAUGGUCAUUUGUUGACUCUCUACGUUCUUCUUAAGUGUUAAAAGAAAACGUUGUUGAAGAUAUGAGUAUAAAAUAUGGUGAUGAUUAUUAUACUUAGUAAUUGAGUGAAUUACAAGAAUUUUAAA